AUGUGUGAGGAGAAUCAGACGCAGGUCACUCAGAUACGUCUUCUUGGGUUUCAGAGUCUACACAAGUACAGGACUCUUCUCUUCAUUGUGUUUCUCCUGACUUAUAUAUUUAUACUGGGAGGAAACCUUCUUAUUAUCCUUCUGGUUUCCAUUAUUGAUCACCUCAAAACCCCAAUGUUUUUUUUUCUAAAACACUUAUCCAUAACUGACGUCUUACUAACCACCAGUGUCGUCCCUGUGAUGUUGGACAUAAUACUUGUUGAGGAGGGUAUUUUGUCCUUUUGGGGUUGCAUGAUACAGCUGCUUUUAUUUGCUUUAUUUGGAUAUUUCCAAUGUUCUCUCAUUGCCGUCAUGUCCUAUGAUCGAUAUUUGGCAAUUUGCCACCCAUUACGUUAUUCUUCAAUGAUGAUUCCAGCUCUUUGCCUCCAGCUUGUUUUUGGGGUAUGGAUUUUAGUCAGCGUGUUAACAACAAGUGAGUUUCUUGUCAUUAUUCAAUUUAACUUCUGCGGCUUAAACUCCAUUGACCAUUUCUUCUGUGACUUUGGUCCAGUAAUAACAUUGACCACUUCAGACACUUCUAUUUUUUUGUUGCAAGACAAUGUUAUUUCUGUUGUUUUGAUAUUUUUCCCAUUUGUUUUUAUUGUUGUGACCUAUGCUUGUAUUUUCUACACCAUCCUUAAAAUACCUUCAACUCUCGGUAAAAGAAAAGCCUUCUCCACGUGUAGCACCCACCUGAUCACUGUUGGUACCUAUUAUGGUACCCUAAUAACAGUCUACAUAAUUCCACCUGAUGAAAGUUCCUUAUAUAUCAACAAAUACAGAUCUCUGUUGUACCUAGUGGUGACACCAUUAAUGAACCCCAUUAUCUACAGCCUGAGGAACCAGGAGAUAAAGAGAGCUGUGCAAAAACUCACCAUUUACAUCUUUUAA